CUGGAAAUUUUAUCAAUACCACAACCGUCUAGUCGGUGACAGUCGCUCGUGAAAAGUACGCGGUUAUCUGACGGGGUUGGCAGGUCAGCGAAUAGCUCUAGUUCAGGAAACCAACAGCGAUCGACAAAGAACAUGGCGACCGAGGGCGGUCUAGCACCGGAUGCUGCUGCAGGUGCAGGUGCAGGUGCAGGUACCGAUGGAAUCGUCGGAGGUCCCAGGACGCCGCAGCAGAUCGCUUCGCAAAAACGACUGCAAGCGACGCAGGCGCAGGUCGACGAGGUCGUCGACAUUAUGAAAACGAACGUCGAAAAGGUUCUGGAGCGUGAUCAGAAGCUUUCAGAACUCGACGAUCGAGCAGAUGCGCUUCAGCAAGGAGCAUCACAAUUUGAACAACAAGCAGGAAAGCUAAAGAGGAAGUUCUGGCUACAAAAUCUAAAGAUGAUGAUCAUCAUGGGUGUCAUCGGACUGAUCGUACUGGCCAUUAUCGUUGCGAACUUCAUGUAGAUGCGCUGCUGGUGGAAGAGAUUUGUGUGUGAGUGAGUUUGAAGCGAGCGCCACCAGCGGCAGUGACUCGCAAAACUGAACACGUGAGUAAAGUUAAGCCAGCAACAGCAUCAUCAGCAACAACAGCGACAACAAGAAAAUAAAAAAAUAAAAACAGGAAGGAAAACAACGGGAAUUUAAACGUGUAAAAGCAGCUAGAGAAAACGAUCGAAUAAAAUCUACGUACAGAAACAACAACAACAAAGUAUCAUAAAGAUGAAAAGGAAAACGAAGAACGACGAAUAAAAAAAUAGGCCGAAUUUUUGAGAAACAACCCUGAAGAGAUUCUUUGAUCUUCGAAGAUUCAAUGAAAAAAAAAAGAGAAGAAAGAAAGAGAGAAAUAAAGAAAGAAAGAAGAUCGGAAACGGGAAUGAGUGCUACGUUUUAUCGAAGAGAAAAAAAAAUAAAAAAAGAACUUUAGUCACGGUUCCUCUUGCAACUUUUAUUCGAAUUCGAACAUCGACGAAUGAACGAAGGUUGGCUUUGAAAAAUUCCUACGAAAUGAAACAAAAUCAACGUAUAAUUCUCUUAAUUCAACGAUGCGAUCUUUACACCGAAUAUUUUUGAUCAGUAACAUUGAAAUCGAUCCUUGCCUUCCUUCGUUCAUUUAUCCGAAUCAACCCACGCGACAAACGAUGGCCAGUGUUGUACAAAAGAUUGAAGAGAGUUUAGAAAGGAAAAAAAAUCGAAGAAGAAAAAAAACAGUAAAAUAUCUCGCGAUACAGGGUGUCCGUGGAAAAUAUGAGAGGAUCCUCAUCGACGAAGGCAGAAAGUACAUAUACCAUAGGGAAUGUUCAUUGUGUCCCCCCUUUCCUUCGUAAAGAAGUGCCGAAUAUAAAUAAAUAUAUAUGUGUAUAAAUGUAUAUCGACGUUUACUUUAUAAAUAAAACGUGUAUGAAGUUACGAGGGAGAGCGUGUGAUCCAGAAGCAAAGCUAAAAGUAUGCUUGAAAAGAUUUUCAACGAGACAAAGAAAAUAUUCUAGAACGAUGAAAUUUUCAAUUUUCCUUCGCUCUUUCCUCGCUGCUUUUCUCUUCUAUUCGUUUAAAGAUUGACGAGAAAUCGGUAGAAACUUUACGCUUGUCAAGGAUUGAAAAGAAGAAAAAUCUAAUAAGAGAUAUCGGAUCGCACGCUCGGUUCGUAACGUGUGUGUACAUCUCGUGCUGUAAAUAAUAUCAUUUCUCCUUCACGUUCGUUCGAUUAUGACCAAACGCCGACAAUUAAACAAAUAUUAACGCAAAAUUAGUGAGCGUGAUAAUGAAUGAACGAAAGAAAGAAAGAGUGAGUGUGAGAGAGAAAGAAUUACGAGCAUUCUUUAUUCGUUCAUAUAUAUCUCUCUAUAUCCUUUCAUUAAAUUGGGGGAAAAAGAAGUUAAAAAAAAAAAAAUGCAAAAAAUAUAUAUGAAUAAAAAUUAGUAGAAGCAGACUGCCUUCGUCGAAGACGGCAACAAACGUUUCCGAGCAACUUGUGCAAAGAAACGGAGAAAAUAAAUCUGUCGUGAGAGAAAACCAAGAUAAAAGGAGAAUGAAAUAAAAUAAUAACGCGUUGAAUGAAAGAUAAAAGAAAGACAUGUUGCUUCGACUUGCUCGAGGCGCUUAUAUAGGUUCGUUUUAAGGCUUGAAGAAUUAUCUACAGAUGUUAUGUAUACAUGUUAAAUAAUAUUAAUAAUAAUAAUAACAGUAAUAAGAAUAAUAAGAAUAAUUACGAUAAUAAUAACAACAAUAACGAUAAUAAUAGCGAAGAUAUAACAUUAACGACGAGAACCGAGCAAGCUGAUGAUCACCGUGGAAUCCGUGGAAUCUAUUAGAUCGUUGCAUACGAAAUUAUUCAUUUAUAAUUUCUUUAGAGAAAAUGAAACAAAAUCAAUCAAAGGAUCUGAUCCUGAAUUUUACCGAUGUUUCUUCAAUCUGGUAUUUUACUUUGAUAGGAACACAAAAUUAUUAUAUUCUAAAAAAUGAAAGAUCGCAUUCCACAGAGGAAACGAUACCUUUUCAAAGUCUUUCAUCACCUGCUCGACAUAAAGAAAAAAAAUCAAGGGAAGAAUAUUCAGUACCGUGAUUUUUCAAACAGCUCGAGGAAGUCGUCGAUGGUUCCAUUUUGAUUUUUAUUUGUUUGCUCUUGUUUCCACCUGUAAUCGUGUUCGAAUAACUGGAGUUUAAGCUUCCGAUAAAAACGAAUUCAUGUCCAGUCCCUUUCUUCGCGUCAUCGCUCAAUUUCCCGUCAACAAUCAAUCAUUUCAGUUGCUUGGCAGAACAAUUUCAAUGAAAACAUCAUUGUUAAAAUUCCUCCAUUGAAUGUGAUCUUAUUUGAAGAAUCGAAUAAAAACGCGCAAAGAAAGGGAUCAGGAAAGUUGUUCAGGGAGGAAGAGAAAAAGUUUCAAGUACGAUUUCCCUUAGAAAUCGUAUAAGCGUUUAAAAACGAUCAAAAACUAUAUUUAUGAACUUAUUAAACGCAUAGGUGUACCGUCAUGCGAUUACCUUGACCGUCGACCUGUUAAUUAUUAACGACGUUUAUGACCAUAAUUAUGCUGCUUUCAACAUUGUACAGUAUCGAAUAAAAAGUUACAGUGCGUAAUCAGAAAAAAAAGACAAGACAAACUGUAGAGAACAAGGAAAGAAAACAAGGUGGAAACUUUUUAUGCAUCAAUGUUUUGGGUACGAUCGUGUUUAGGUUUGGAUUUUUUCGCUUUGUCUUCUUUUAUUUUUAUUUUUAUUCUUUUUUUUUUUUAUUUUUCUAAUCAAUUCGAAACAGAUACUAAUCAGCGAAGAAACAUUCGCCUCGAUCACGGUCGUGGCCAGAAAAAUAAA